GGGAGGUGUUAUCGUCACAUCCGACGGCGGAAAGGUAGUGGCAACAAGCCAGAAGUUGCACAUGCACUAAAACAAAGGGAACAGGCUGUGGAGGUCGUAGAGAAUUCGCUCCUUAAUUCCACCGCCGAUUUAACGGGCGCUAAGCUGCAUAGGCAGGAUGACUAAUGCCUCCUUGUCAGCCGAUCAUCUCCGGCAAAGCGGCGGUCGAACAUACCCAGGCUGCUUGCCCCCUCGUCCUAGUUUCCUCUCACCUCGCCAUGAACUCAACGCAUCAAGCGCCUUUGCGAGCCUACAAGAUGGAAACAUCAGGCCAGCUGAGACCAAUCCCGCUCGCCGAUUCUGGUCCGGAUUCCGGCCCCGCACCAAAGCGCCGGAAGCUCCGCAAAGGCACACAGAGCUGCUGGGAAUGCAAGCGACGAAAAGCUCGGUGUACCUUCUCGUCCACCAAUCACAUUAUCUGCGAGGGCUGUACGCGUCGCGGUACCGAUUGUGUCAGUCAAGAGGCUACCGACGAACCGCCUCCUCCAGGAAGCAAUAAGCACCUCGUUGACAGGUUGGGGCAGGUGGAAGCUCUGGUAAAAAAGCUGCUUCAAGCCGGUCACGAAACUGGACUCUUUGUCAGCGAUGGUCUGCCCACGCAAUCUCGGCCUGAAGAGCAUGUACGGGUUCAAAGAAAGACGUCGGGCCGUUCUGGUUCCCCGGUUGAUUCGACGAGCGCUACGUCCACUACACCACCACUCUCGUCAGAUAUCGAUCAUGCGCAACAUAGACAUUUGGUUUCAUGCAGUGAGAGCCGUUUUCAAACAUCGCCCAUGGGAACUGCCUUGUCUGCUGCUGUUGAUGUGGAGAAGAACACAUCAAAAGCCGAAACGUACGAUGCCAUUUCCAACCAGCUUCUCAAGGCCUGGCCAAACCAGGAAGAUAUGAGAACAAUCUUGGCAAUGCCGGUAGAUACUUCACAGAUCAUCCGGGCAGUUGUAUGUAUCAGGAUCAGCCCACCCCAAACGUCGCUGCUUUCGUCCGCAAGUCUUUUGGGGUUACCGCCCCGAGGAUCUCAUCCUGCCCUGAUUGCUCGCAGUCUCCUAAUCCUGGCCUCUUUUCUUCAAGGGAUGCCUUCCUCGUCACUCCACCCUCUCGAAAAGCUCAGCGUGCCCUGGCAAGAAGUAAUGUCGCGGGCCGUGAAGACGGCCCAUGAUUUGGUUGUCUGCAACGACGAGAUGGUUUCGUCUCUCGAAGGGAUUGAGUGCAUCAUGAUGGACGGCCUGUACGAGAACUACGCAGGCAAUCUGCAAAGCUCGUGGCUUGCUGCGCGUCGAUCCGUCGCCAUCGCACAGAUGCUGGGCCUAAACCGGGGUGUCCAGCCGAAGUCCUUGACCGCCUCCGUCGCCGAGCCUAGCGAUCUAUGGUUCCGACUCGUCCAGUUUGAUCGUUAUCUUUCCCUCAUGUUGGGUCUGCCACAAAGCUCUCUGGAGGACGUCUACGCGCGUCCAGACGCAUUAGAAGGAUGCACGCCCCUGGACCGCUUUUGUCGCCUAUGCACUGUUGCCUGUGGGCAGCUACUCCAGCGGGAUCCCUCGAUCGUGUACGGCCCUGAAGACAACAAGGAGAUCGACAAGUUGUUGCAAGAGGCUUCUGCGUUGAUGCCGGCCCAGUGGUGGGUGCCCCCGACCUUCACAUCAGACACCGGCCCCCUGGAAAGGAUCCGCGAAAGACUUCGGUUCUGUGACCACACCAUGUAUUACCACCUACUUCUUCAACUUCACUUUCCGAACGUUCUACGGCCCGUAUCUGAAUGCGGUCAUAUCUAUCGCAGGAUGACGGCCAUCACCGCCGGUCGUGAAAUCCUUUCGAGAGUGCUGUCCUUCCGUGCGAGUCGACCUUCACGCUACUAUUGCAGAGGAAUAGACUUGAUAGCAUUUUUAUCAAGCACUGCCCUGUGUCUUGCCCACAUCUGCGACGCGCCUCAAGACGUCACCACCAAACACGGGUUUCACUUUUUCGCCCAUCAGCGGCUCAGCGACCGGGGGCUCUUGGAACAAACACUGGCCGCCAUCCAGGAGCUGUUUGAUCGGGACAAGGACGAAAUCGGAACCAGGGUUGCCUCGCUCCUCGCCUAUCUCUUGCCCAUAGAAGAGGACGUGACUUCUGGCGGCGAGUAUGUCGUUGACUUUUCCCCAGAAGCGCCAGACCAUGACGACCUUGGGUAUAGUGUGAAAAUGUCCGAAGAUGGUACUACUUUGAGGAUCUUUCUUCCCCACUUCCGGGCUAUCAAGAUCCAACGAAAAGGUUCUGGAGGAGAGCAACUGCCGACAAGUCACUCUACAAGUGGGUGUGUCGGCAGCAAGCUGCGUCUUGAAUCAAGCACGACUAGAGAUGAAAGCACCUCUUCAACUCGGACCGGGCAAAGUCCGAUACCCACCCUCACAACCUUAAAUGAUGCUGAAAAAGCCGGUUCCAGGAGGACAGAAAAUGUCGAAUACCCACUAUUCGGGCAGGAAGUUGACGAAAAAGACUGGGCAUUAGAGAACUUGGACUUUACGUUUCUAGAUAACUUCAUCGGAUGAACCCCGGUAUAGGACACGAGCGACAGUCCUAUAGUUCUCAUAACGGUCUUUGUUCAUCAAGGCCAAGCGCAGCCACGGUAUAAAGACGUGCAUAAGCCAG